AUGACAACAUAUCAAUCAAGAGAGAAGAGAAGAGUAGCGGAUAAUCAGAACGAAUACAAGCAAGAGGAAUUCCACCACCGAACCGAUGCAGCAGUUUGCAAGCACAGCUGUCACUUUCAUCGCCCGCGAAUACAACAAUACUACGUGUUCCAAUCGCAUCAAGAACAAAUUGGCAAAUUGGAAGAAGGCCGAAUUUAUGGUGAGAUUGAGCAAGAUCGCAUUCAUCGAGAACAUUCCAAUCAAAUUGAUCGUUCGAGCCGUUCACCAGAAUACAGAAAUCAGAAAAAGAUGUCAGAUGAAUAUUCCAACAAUUUGAAAAAAUGCGAGGGAAAGACAAAUAUAAGAAUUGAAUCGAGAUCGAGAUCUGGUAGACCGUGUAAAGGUCGUUCCAACGGAAGAGUUGGAAGACCUUUGAAAUACCAACAAGUGUAAGUAACAUAAGCUUUCCAAUUUUGAAAACAAUUUUAUUUACAUGAAUGUUUUUCAGAUCAAGAUCGAGAUCGCCCUUGAGAACCCGUGAUUCGCCGUCGCCUUCUAGCAGAACUGAUCAUUCGGAUAGAAUGUCUUCCAGAACAACUCGACGAAUGUCAAAUUCGCCGUCGUCUAGAACUCGCCAUACUUCAAGAUUGAGAACUUCAAGAACCCGUGAAAGAUCGAAUUCAAGUUCUCCCAGAACUCGUCGUGAUUCAAAUUCCGCUGGUUUCAUUCAUUCGAGUCCGCAUUUUGCUUCAACCCGUCAUCCAAAUUCCUUUUGUCCAGAAUAUGAAGAUCGUUCCAACCCUUCCAACCGCAAAAAUCAAAAAGCAAAGAAACUUUUUAAUAAAUAA